GACGACCACAAUUAGCUAAUAAUGGUUACAAAGACAUCAAGUUUCGUUUCCCUUCUUCUGUCUUUGUUUAUUUUGCUCUUACUUGUAUCAUCUCAAGUUGGAGUGAUCGAGGCCAAACGUCGCCAACAAGGGAACGAAUUAAGCUUGGAUUGUGUUCCUCUUCCUCCUCCUCCUCCUCCUCCCAUCGCUCGACCUCCUAUCUUUUUGCCACCCUCUAAAUCGCCAAAAGGAAAAGGUCCAUAACCCUAUGUCCAUUUCCAGAAGUUACUGAUAAUUUAAAGAAAGUGUGUAAGAAGAAUAGUAAGGUUAUUUUCAAACAAACAAAAAAAAGAAUGGUCAAAAUAAUCUUAUUGUAGUUGGACUUCUGCAGAAAUGCUGGACCAUUUUAAUAAUAAAUAUUUGGAAUUGUUUUAUUUAAUCUUAUAGAAAUAGAUCUCUGUA